AUGCUGAGAUUAUUUCACAGGUCCUGGGGCAGCCAGGUCCAGCCUUCUGCUCAGCCCCCCAGGAAGAAUGGCGUGUGGCAGGUGCAAAAGUCUCCGGGUGUCCAGAAGAGAGGGACAGAGGUGUAUGUUGGCAACCUGCCUGUGGACAUCUCGGAGGGACUUUUCCACAUCAUCACAGACGUUAGCCCUUCCCAUGUCCACAAAGUCCAGAAUGGGUGCAAGUGCUUUGCUUUCGUCCAUCUGGGCUAGCAGAACGUGGCCCUCGCCGUGCAGAAGCUGAACGGGUCGUUCUUCCAUCAACAGAAACUAUAUUUGAAUUCAAGUAAAAAUGUUCCCAAGAGGACGCAGGACGUGGCCAGGGGUGCCUGGGAGCUGCCGAGGGGCGCCCAGUACCCCUUCCUGCUGCCCCAGGGGCUGGAGGCUGAGCCCUGGAGGCCUGGCCAGCAGCGCUCUGUUCAUCACAUCCUACCUCAGAAGGCAGCACUUUCCGGGAGGCAGGGGUGCCUCCAGGACUUCACUUUCUGCUUUGCAGCUUGUGCACUGCUCACUGUUAGGGCCGGGGACCCCCAUACAGUUGAGAAACCCAGGACACCCUUUGCAGUCCCCAUGGAGAUGAGGUGAGGGCUGCCCCUGGCGCUGUUGCUGCGGGAAUGCUUCCGUGACCCGAGCUGGCUGGCCACCAUCCGCAGCGCCCGCGGGGAGGUGGGGCUGCUGGCCACCAGCGCGGUGCCCCAGACCCGGUUCUUCUGGGCCAUGCGCAUCGCUGAGGCGCUGCACAGGAACAUGCGGACGCUUUCCAGCAGCCUGGCGGAGGCCGAGGAGCGGCAGCCGUACCUGGGGACGAGGCGGUGCGGCGCGGGCCGUGGCCUGGCCGGGCUGCAGCUACGCGACCGCGGCUGUGCCUGGAACAGGUGCUGGGUGCUGGAGCGGGUGGGCGCCUGGGCCGUGAUCAUGUUCAUCGAUUUCGGCCAGACGGCCACCGUCCCCAGCUCCCCGCGCAGCCUGGAGAGUGACGCCUUCUGGACCAUCCCCCCGCUGACUCAGCCCUUUGCGCUGGAGCAAGGCGAGUGCCCUGAUGGCCAUUGUAUCCUCAGAGGGAAAGUCACAGGCACUUUGGGGUUGGAGCCACACCUCCUGAAGUUUGAAGAAUUUAAAUCGUGGGGAAGAGCCAGGCACUCCGGAUCCUCUCAGAUCCACACUCCUGUCGAGCCCACGUGUCCCCCUUUAUUCUGA